CGCCCCGACCGCUCCGUGGCGCCGGAGGCGGAGUCGGGCUACCCUGUCAGUGGAGCGGGCGGGCUGAGGCAGCUGCCCCACUAUGGGCAGAGCCAUGGGGCUGGCUGGGCUGCUGCUGGGGCUCGUCGUGGUCCCCGCCGUGCUGGUGAGCACCAGCCUCCGACACGGCGUCCCGCGGAACGAGGCCGAGCCGGAGCCGUCCGGCUGGGAGCUGGCGGCAGACGCCGUCCCCGAGGACUCGCUGUGGCCGCUGCCGCAGUGGGUCCGCACGUAUCCUCGCCAGCUGCAGUUAGCGCCCAGCCGCUUCCAGCUGGUGCAUGGCGCCGGCUCCUCGGCGGGGCCGAGCUGCGGGCUGCUGCAGGACGCCUUCCGCAGGUACUAUGAGUACAUAUUCGGGCAUUCCCGGCGGACGUGGGGCCGCAGGCCGCUGGCUGCCCGAGCGGAGCCCGAGCUGUUCCAGCUGCAGGUGGUGAUCGAGGCGGGGGACCCUGGCUGUGACAGGCACCCGCAGCUCGCCUCCAGCGAGGCCUAUCAUUUAACUGUAACUGAACCUGUGGCUAUACUGAAAGCUCCUGAGGUAUGGGGUGCUUUAAGAGGUUUGGAAACCUUCAGCCAGUUGGUUCAUGAAGAUGACUAUGGAAGUUUUCUUGUCAAUGAAUCUGAAAUCAAUGACUUCCCAAGAUUUGCUCAUAGAGGAGUCUUAUUAGAUACUUCAAGGCAUUAUUUACCAUUGAAAUCUAUUCUUAUAAAUCUGGAUGCCAUGGCUUUUAAUAAGUUCAAUGUUCUCCACUGGCAUAUAGUAGAUGAUCAGUCCUUCCCUUACCAGAGCAUUUAUUUCCCUGAAUUAAGUGAUAAGGGUGCAUACUCCUCUAAUCUCAUCUAUACUCCUACUGAUGUCAGUCUGGUGAUAGAGUAUGCCCGGUUGAGAGGCAUCAGAGUUAUCCCGGAGUUUGAUACACCAGGACACACACAGUCUUGGGGAAAAGGUCAAAAAGAUCUUCUCACUCCUUGUUACAAUGGAGGACAGCCAACUGGGUCCUUUGGACCUGUAAAUCCUGUUUGGAAUACAACUUACGACUUCAUGACUAAGUUCUUUAAGGAGAUCAGCAGUGUAUUUCCAGAUGAAUUCAUUCAUUUGGGAGGAGAUGAAGUGGACUUCAGUUGUUGGAAAUCUAACCCUGAGGUGAAAGAGUUCAUGAAGAAGCAAGGUUUUGGCAUUGACUAUGCUAAACUGGAAUCUUACUAUGUUCAGAACAUUUUGGACAUUGUUUCCUCCUACAACAAAGGACAAAUGGUCUGGCAAGAAGUCUUUGAUCACAAAGCACAACUGAAACCGGACACUGUAGUUCAAGUGUGGAUGGCAAAUAACUACGCUCGUGAACUGAGCAGGGUCACAGGAGCUGGGUUCACUGCUGUCCUGUCAGCACCGUGGUACUUAGACUACAUUAGUUAUGGGCAAGACUGGAAGAAAUACUACAGUGUUGAACCACUUAACUUCCCUGGAUCUGAAGAACAGAAGAAACUUUUAAUAGGUGGAGAAGCUUGCCUGUGGGGAGAAUUUGUGGAUGCAACUAACCUGACACCAAGAUUAUGGCCUCGAGCAAGUGCUGUUGGGGAAAGACUCUGGAGCAGCAGCAAUGUGACCAACUUGCAGGAUGCCUACAAAAGGCUAACUAAUCACCGAUGCCGCAUGCUCCGCCGUGGCAUAGCGGCCGAACCGGUGUUUGUUGGAUACUGUGCCCAUGAAGCAAGAGGGCCAUAACUGCUGCAAAGACUUCUUGUCAACAGCCUGAAGUGCCUCUGGGGGAUAUGUAUGUAAGGUUUUGUAUCUGAAUCAAGACUUAAAAUUUUCACUUUUAAAAUAAAAUUAUUUGACUGCC